GAACGUGGCGUUCCAAAAGUGUGUUGUUAGAAACAAGAAAUUUGUAACGUUCCAAUCGUGGAGUAUUGUCUACGCGCCCGGAACGUAAGAGGAAAAGAGUGUCAGUGUAAAGCCGUUUUCGCCUGCUUUCGCACGUUCUUUGCUUGGCUCGUGGCAUUUUAGAAUUUCUAAAAGUUUUAAGAAAGUUUUAUCAAAAAAUGUAUAAAAUAAGGCGGAAAAAAUGUAUUGCUGCACUUUGUGUGGCUGUGCAGAUGAACCUAACGGAAGAAGAAAAGAAAAAAAGAGUUUGGGUUAAAAAGUGGAGGGAGGAUCGGAACAAAUUUGGUCACAUGCCACUUUUAAACGAACUUCGGCUAAAUUUCCCAGACGAUUUUAAAAACUACCUUCGUAUGGAUCCUGAUACAUUCAAAAUUUUAUUGAAUUUGAUUUCGCCAAUAAUUUCGAAACAAAAUACGAAGUUAAGAGAGAGCAUAAGUGCCGAAGAAAGACUUAUGGCGACUUUACGAUAUUUAGCAACGGGGCGCUCUUUCGAAGAUCUUAAGUUUUCCACUGGAAUUUCAUCGUCUGCCUUAUGUCAAAUUAUUCCUGAAACUUGUAAAGCUCUUUACCAGGUUCUGAAGAAAGAAUACAUGAAGUUUCCAUCAACAAAAGAAGAUUGGUGUAAAAUAGCCACCAGUUUUAAAAAUAAGUGGCAAUUUAUUAAUUGUGGAGGAGCUCUAGAUGGAAAGCACAUACGGAUUGUUCCUCCUCCUCAUUCUGGCGCUCAAUAUUAUAACUACAAAAACUUUUAUAGUAUUGUGUUACUAGCCCUUGUAAACGCAAAUCACGAAUUUAUAUUUGUUGACGUUGGAAAAAAUGGCCGACAUUCAGAUGGGGGUAUUUUAGAGUAUACCGAUUUUUAUGAUGGUUUGAUGAAUGGUCACUUACAUUUGCCAGACAACAGCGAAACAGAUAAAAAUCUUAAUUUUGUUUUUCUGGGUGACGAGGCAUUUUCGUUGCAUGAGAAUUUUUUAAAGCCGUUUCCUCAAAGGGAUUUAACGUAUGAAAAGCGAAUUUAUAAUUAUCGUUUAUCACGCGCGCGAAAUGUCUCAGAAAAUGCUUUUGGCUUACUGUCUGCAAGAUUUAGAAUUUUGCAUACAGCCAUACAUAUGACCAAUCCACAAAACAUUACGUAUGUUGUUUUAGCUAUUUGUGCUCUUCACAAUUUCCUAAUUAAACGAAAAACGUUGUAUGCCACUCUGAGAUCGUUUGAUCAAGAGGAUGUGCUAACCCAUGAAUUACAACAGGGAGAAUGGCGCAACGUCACUACCCAACUCGAAAAUUUAGAAACGAGCCUGCAAAAAAAUGUAUCGGUAGCAGCAAAAACUAAUCGCGAAAAAUACAUGGAAUAUUUCAAUAAAGAAGGACAAGUGCCCUGGCAGGAUGCCAUGUUAAAGAAAGGAAAAUCAUAAUAUUAAUUAUGUACUAUAUAGCUUACCUCAGUCAAUAAAAGGUCCUUAUUAGAUUUAUUUUCU